AGCCGUGGCUUGAAGCUCCCGCCCUCUGGAUUUCGGCUUUGGACCUCCGAAAGCACUUUCGCCUUCUUCUUGCGUGUGCCGGGCUCAGCAAACGCCAAGUCCAGUUUCAGAGCCGAGAUUCAGAACAUCUGAAUGCGCAGUGAGCUGGUGAGGAAAGAGGCCAUGCGCUUUUCCACCUCUAGAUGUUGCGGGCUGCCUUCCGAAUCUGGCUGGAGGAGGAGGCAAAGGCUAAGGCUAAUAAAGCUGAAGCUCUCUGCAUCUUCAUCCACCGGGGUGCAGAAUAGCCUCGGAAGAGAUCGCUGUUGGAGAAGCUGAACAGGCAUGGAGGCAGGCGUUCCUGAAUAAGAGGAUAGAAGAAUCACAGCCUGUCCCCACCCUUUGCCAUACCUGAAGCCCUCAAUAACCUCCCGGCAAUAACCCUCUAGGCAUAAAACGUAGCGACGUAGGCCUGCAAAAGCAUUCUCUGUGGCCAGUGCUAUUCUUGAACUGCGCAAGCAUUCACGAUUCUCGAGCUCGAAGAAUCAGAGCAGUCUAUGUGAAGUGAAGAUGGCUUGGUACCAGGAAAUCGAGAUGACUCUUGCCGACUUUUUGCUCUUCCUCUUGCUCGACAGGUCCUAGCACGGACGGAAUCCAGAUUUGACGACCGCAACUUUCUACAAUUGUUACAUUCCUCUGUGUCAUUUUAUGAGCUGGGACGUGGAGGACUCGGUCGGUCGUCGUUCGAGAUGUGGACCUGUCUCCUUUACUCCGAUCCUACGGAAGAGCACAUGGAGAGAACACGAAUGUCUGCAAUUGCAGCUUGUACUCUGCUGAGAAACGAGAAUGAUGUCCUAUUCUGCACGGAGACCGUGUCUCUUUGGGAGAGCAUGAUGGCCACUGCUCGUAAUCAGUCGGUCCGAUGGCAGUACAGCGGCACAGUCUCGCUGUGGUUCGCCCAUCUCAUAUAUUCUAUCGGGCAUUCAAUUCUGCUCUACGUGUAGAGAGCACUGUGUCUGCUUACAUAUAUGUCUCCAGAUGUCAGUAUGAGUCUCGAAUUUUAUGCAGGGGACCACGGAUGCAGAAGCAGAUUUAGAGAUAGAAAUGUACGGAGGAACUGGAACCCUCAUAAGUCUUGAUACGAAAUUAGCUGCAGAGUCUCAAGUUUAGAGCGAAGGUCAGGGUUAGAGAAGAAGUGAUUUUCCGAUCGACGAAGUAACGCAACAGCUCGCCGUCUAUUCAUUACAUGAACGAGGAGAUCCGCACGGGAAAAAUUCGACGAGCGAGCACACCACAUCACGCGGGGCUUGAAAGGUUGUGCGAGAGACGAUUUACAGAGCGUGAUGUGGCCCGGCAGAAAACGCAGGGAGAUGCACCAGGAGCUGACAUUCACCGGAUGCAAAGAUGAUACUGUUUUGGAAUAGAAUUUCUCUGUUUCCAGUGUUGGUGAAGGAGCUGCUGCUAGUGAGUGCCGGGCACCGUUGCCAUCAUACCUUUUCGGAAUUCGUCGACAGCAAUGAAGUGAGGACAUUCGCCGAGAGAGACGAAAUCAAGUGUUAAUCGAGUAUAUACUUUACAGCAAAAGGUCUGACAAAGGGUCAGUUUUGUACGAGCAGGCGACUGCCCCGAGGUGUGAAGUAGCCAGUCCCAGUCAGAGAGAGCUUAUUGAUAUUAAUGCAAUUGAUGCAACGAUGACGGUGGAACAGACCACAGAGCCCGAGAUGAUGCAAUCACGUGGACCCAAGAAGAUACCGUGGGACAAGGAAGCAGGACGGCCAGAACGAGGAGAUCUCGAGACCUGCUUUCUCAAAAUUUUGCACCGAUACAGUUAACCAGAUACUGACUGACCCAGAGACGAAGAAGAGGAGGAGGAGGAGGAUUAUUUUCACGCCAGAAAGCUUGACUCACCCGCGAUGGAAGACCGAAGAGGACCAAAUUGCGAUACAGUAGGCCAUCCGGGAAACGUCGACGAAAGCGCACUGAAUGAUGGAACAUUUUGAAGGCGGGCACCUCUGCGGAGAAACGAAUGGAUCUGGGUUCAUCGAAGCCGAGAUUAGGAGGCUGGAGGGAGUGAGCUGAAUUGUGCGUGAAGAGCAGAAAGGCGUCAACAAAGGCGGCAAGCGACAGGGAAAGACAAAGGCAUGGCAUGGCAUGGACCACGUGCGGAGAUGUAGGAAGCCCUGAGAGUUAGAACACUGAGCUUUUGCACAAUCAAAGCAGAUGUAGCCUAGAGACGAAUGAGAAUUUCAGUCGAGGAGAGAGUCAACCUAUUUUGUUCGGGAGCUUUAGCUCAUACAUGGAAAUCACGUGUGGGAAAUAUUAGGCCAACAGCCCAUGCUGCAGCAGUUAUUACGCGUCCCUCUCAUCGGCAUGGGAUUAAAAGCAGUCUGUAUGACAUCAUGACAAACUUUCCAAAUACAUUCCGUUUCUAUCCACUCGAGUGAAGGAAUCUCUCAGAGACAGAAAGUCGUCACGUUCGUCAACAGCACUGCCAUCGAGGGAAAAGCGCCUCAUGACGUCGACCUUGCAAUCUCUGACGAGUCAGCAAGUCCUUGUCUGGCUGGACCCACGCCCCCCAGUGCAUCGUGUCAUUUUCCCUGCUAUAUUCCUUCGAAGUGUAUGGGCCAAAAAUGAAAGCAAACUCACUAACCCCAUCACCGACGGUCCACAAUCGCACGCAUGGAAUUUGGGGGCCUGCGCUUGGCGGUAGCGUGGUCUGAUCUUCAGACCCAGCUUGCGAAAAGCAAAGGUUCGACUGUGUGUAUGGCUCACAAACAACACGGUGUCACCAUGUUCGAUUAUGUGAUGAAGCUUUAAGGUCAGAAGGAGUUUGGAGAGGGGAAAAAUUCUAAGUAUUUAUUGGAGCAGUAUCACCAUCAUGAUAAGGUUACUUUGAAAUUUAGUGUUCGUAGAGUAACCCGAGUUUGUCAAAAGUGCAAUGGAUGCGGUGCACGUGCUUAAACAAGCAAUUUAGCGACAAAUUUUUGGACUGUGUGUAUGGUUCACAAAACAACAGGGUGUCACCAUGUACGAUUAUGUGAUGAAGUUUUAAGCUCAGAAGGAGCUUCGAGAGGGAAAAAAAGACUAAGCAGAUAUUGCAUCUGUAUCAUCAGGACGAAAAGGUUACUGUGAGAUUUAGUGUUCGUAGAGUAACCCGAGUUUGUCAGAAGUGCAAUGGAUGCGGUGCACAUGCUUAAACAAGCAAUUUAGCAACAAUUCUUUGGACUGUGUGUAUGGUUCACAAACAAACAGGGUGGCACCGUGUACGAUUAUGUGAUGAUGUUUUAAGGUCAGAAGGAGUUUCGAGAGGAAAAACAGACUAAUCAGAUAUUGGAUCAGUAUCAUCAGGACGAAAAGGUUAGUGUGAG